AUGACUUACACUACAUUCCACCCUUUCGUACGACUCCCAAUUGAGCUUCGGAUAAUGAUCUGGGAUGAAGCUUGCCUUGAGCCGUGCCGAAGAUAUCGCCAAGGCCAUCGAGCGAUUCAUUAUAUGACAGUGCACGAAGGCAGUGUUCACCCAUUGAAUCACGACAGCAAUGGUUCAAAGCUCAAGAAUAAGUCAGUCUACCUUUGGCACGCCGGUAUGUGGAUGGCAUGUCGAGAAUCACAACGAGUUAUCGCCAGUCGUGACAUGAACCUUGUGCGGCCAGAAGAAGAGGACACAGCAGCCCUUGUGUUAUCUUUUAAACUCGGUGCUGAACAGUGGCGUCAAAUUGUUCCCUCCGAAGAUUUGUUUUGUAUAUGCAGAAGUAACAAGAAGCUAGUAGAUCCAGAUUGGUCAUGUCUGGUUGAUGAGUGUCUAGAAACACCGCCCAAGAACGUUGCGUUUGAGUUCGAGCAGUCCUGGACCGUUGCUCUUGCGAGCAGACCUCAAGACCUUUUUAUCUGGAACAACCCUCGCGCACCCUUCGAAUUGGCCUUUCUUUCAAAGUUAAUUUUCGAUUGGGUGUUAGAGGGGAGUGUGAUAAGUAUUCAUCUCAUCGACAAAGAUGCAAAGUGGGUCUCGAGAAAAUCUGGGCUCAAAUCUACAAGCUUUGAUCUCGAUGAACAGUUCAUUGAUAUUCCACUUAGCGAUGCUGACGCAUAUCUUGUCACAGGCAGCGCUGUAUUGGAGUUCCUAACUCUUCAAGAGAAAAUGCAUUCCCGCUUAAGGCAACAGUCACGCCAACCAACCGACUUCGAUCUACGAAACGUCCUAUCCAUUAUCAUUAGUUGGGAUAGCCGAGUUGAGUGUUGA